CGCUGCACCCAAGAGCCACCAGCCGGCUAAUUUUCAGUUAACUGGAAAUAAGAAAAUGAAGCCUUAUUGGGUCAUAGCAACUUUGUUGGUGGCCUCGUCCGCAAUCGACGCUUCACCGGUCUCACCCAACAGUGUUAAGGUCAUGCUAAUUUCAGCCAAUUUCACGGCACUGGUCGACUCACUCGUAGCCAACCGUCUCGAUGACGUAUUAAACGCCACAGGGCCAAUUACAAUUUUCUGUCCGACAAACGAAGCGUUCAAAGCGAUGAUGGACAACAAACCAGAGAUGAUGAAAGGAUUCAAUGGCAACACCACCCAUUUCAAGAGGUUUUUGCAUUACCACGUUGUUCCACGAAAGAUAAUGCCCGCCGACAUCCAUAACGACAUGACAGUUACACCAUUCCUGAAGGACAAACAACUUCGCUUCAAUGUUUACGGAACCGACAAAAAGAUAAUGACUGUUAACGGUGUAAUGUUUGGGGUACCAACAGUUGUUACUCCCACCGUCGUCAUGUACAAAUUAAACAAUUUUCUUCUCUGCGCGAUUGGAGGAGGCAUAUUCGAUUUGUUAAAAAUCCACAAACAAGAGAACAAACAGCAACAUUUUUCUAUUCUCGUGGAGGCCAUCCAAUUGGUCAAUUUGACCCAUACUUUGGAAAAAGAGGGGCCGUUCACGCUCUUUGCACCGAACGAUGACGCCUUCCGCCGUUUGCCUGAUGGCGUUUUAAAUAAAUUAAUGGCAUCUCCCGCCGAAUUGAAAACCAUCCUGCUGGGUCAUAUUGUUUCUGGAACGUAUUUCCUUAGCGGAUUGACAAACGAAAGUGAUUUACCUACGCUGGAUGGCAGAUCAAACCGCAUUGCCGUGGGAAAUACUUUGACGGUCGACGGCGCCAAGAUUAACGUCGAGGCGGAUAUGUUAGCUGCCAAUGGAGUCGUCCACGUAAUCGAUCGUGUUUUGAUGUCGUAGUGAUUAAUGGCCCUGCAAGAAGAUCUGAACCUCAGCACCCAUGAAUAGUUUCUUCGUCAUUUUAUAAUUAAGCCUGCAUAUUAUAACUUGUCAUCGCCGAUGGUUAAUAAUGCACGUCCGCUACUGAAGAUGGAUCAAUAAACA